GGAGACGCCCAGUUCAUCCCUCUCUGUUUGCCCCUGAGAACAACUGUGUGUUGACAGGGGUGGUGUUCGCUGGCCGAGACACCCGCGGGGACCUCACAAAGAAAAGGAAAACUUCCAUGUCAACAACCAACUGAACAUAUUCCUCCACAGACGUUUUUGAUCAAGAAAAAACGAGGAUUCGGUAGCACCAUGGGCACCAUCGCAAUCGCCGCCGCCGUCAUCCUUGGCAUCUCAUUCAUGACCUUUGUGGCCUUCUUUGGCAGACUACCUGCACUACGAAACACCCCCAUCUCCUUCCUCCACCGGCUCAUCUGGAUCCAUCUCCCCAAUGCCGUCCUCGCGGUCGACCGCACCUUGACCAACGGGCGCCUCACCACCUCCCUCGCCCGCCUCGCCCGCCACCUCUGGUACGACCAACACCCGACCAUCCUCAUCUUCUUCUUUUUGUUGUUAUCAGUAGGCGAGUACUUGUAUCUCCCCGUCGCCUGGCCGCAUCUCUCCUCGGUCCACAAAAUCCUCGGCACCCUCGCCAUCUUCUGUCCUUACCUCUUCCUCUACCUCUCGGCCUUCACCGACCCCGGCACGGUGAACCCCGAGACUCACGUCCGCGAAAUGGCCCGCUACCCCUACGAUUUCACUUUGUUUCAUCCCGGCACGAGCUGCGAGACUUGUAGGUUUUUGAAACCCGCGAGGUCGAAACACUGCAGUAUCUGCAAGAAGUGUGUGGGCAGGAUGGACCACCACUGUAUUUUCAUCAACAACUGCGUGGGGGCCAACAACCAGCGGUGGUUCAUCCUGCUGCUUUUGAGCACGGCAAUCCUCACCCUCUAUGGCGGGGUUUUGGGGCUGGGGAUUAUUAGACAAAAGAUCCAGGCGCGGUUCCCCUACUGGACGUUGUUACCGUGGUGGACUUCCACUCAAGCAUGGGAGGAUGGGAGUCUGGAUUUCCAUCGGUGGUUAGUCCUCUGGAGCUGGGGACUGCAGUCUGGCGUUGCCAUGGGGAGCGUUACGCUGUUGGCGCUGCUGACGACGCCGUUGGUUUGGGGGCUGUUGGGGUAUCAUCUUUGGUUGGUGUAUUGUGGGACGACGACGAACGAGAGUAUGAAGUGGCAGGAUUGGCAGGCGGAGAUGGAUGAGGGCGGGGUGUAUAAGCGGAGGAUCGAGAGUGGCAGGGUGAAAGACCUAAAGGUCGAGCCGGCGUGGACGAGGUGGCCGGUUGAGGCGGAGCAGGUCAUGGUUAGGACGGAUGAUGGGAAGCCGCCGAGGUCGAGUCAUCGGUUGCCUGGGGAGGGAGAGUGGGAGGCGGUUUGGAGGUUGAAGGAUGUGGAGAAUCUUUAUGAUAUUGGGUUGUGGGAUAACUUGGUUGAUGUCUUCUUGCCGUAUUUCAUGUUCAAGGAGUCAAAGGGUAGGAGUCCUGUUGAUGAGCGGGAGUUUGGGAGGGAGAGAGGUAGGAACAGGAGGCGGAGUUCUUGAAUGAUGGUUUGAGAUUUGGGAUACCCAUAGAUGUCUUGAGAGUAGUUAGAUGUUGGAACGUAUAGAAUCAGUCUUCCUCCAAGUGACGGAGCUCUGCGAUGGGUU